AUGCCUGCGUUAUCCGUGCCGAGUCCUUACGAUGGCUACCCUCGCAAUGUGCUUUCUGUUUUUCACCGGUUUCAUGUCCUCACUGGAGAAUGGCCAUGGCAACUCGUCGAGUACUUCGAGCCUCGCUAUUGGAGCUACCAGCUGGUCUACCGUUUCUACAGUCUCAUCAAAAACGAGCUUCCGCGCACAGGCUCUGUAACUUUGGACGACCUUGUCAAGUAUCUGUUUGACAAAUCUGCUCAACAUCCCAUGUCAAAGUACCGAUGCGUUCUCAGCAACAAGGUCAUCGGUCAGGCCAUUGACUGGAUGAGCGAGAAGCGACAGGAGCUCAUUAGUGGGUUUCGAUACGAAACUAGACGACGAAGUGCCACAUGUGGCCGUGACUCAGAACCAAUGCAGAAUCACGCUAGUGACUCACGCAAACGAUCCGCCGGGAGUGCUGCAAGCAACGAAGAAGCUCAAACCCCUGCAGCAUUCGCGAAGAAGCGCCUUAUGGUAACCUUCAAAUUCCCACCAAAACCCAUCGGAGACUGCAUUACCGUCGAAGGCGAUGAGUCGGACCAGACUACUGAUCACGGGUCCAUCGAGCAAGCCAAUGGUGAACGAUCCAACGUGUACUUACAGACCGGGUUGAUUACCCCUGUCGGGGAGAACGGCUUUGCGGAGGAAUCCCCUUUCCUAGACGUUACCUUCAAAACCUUCGAAGAAGCACAGAAGGCCUAUACUGCUUACCUAAAGGGUGAAAUAACCACCUCAGGCAACGUCAUCCGACGUUCAGAAGACCAAAUUGAAGCCACUAGCCGUCGACAUCGCGAUCUCGUUCGAAAGAUGCUUCAAGACGAUGCUAGAAAGGACAACGCCGCCUCUGAAGUUGCUGAAGCUCAGCAGCGGAUGCACCACGCCGAGGAACUUCAUCAUACUGAAGCGGAAGCGCUCCGAGAAGCCCGUCGUCGCGCGAUCUCAAACCCAUCGGCUGCAGGACCAGCUCAAGAGAUAGCAGAGCUUGCCCAACGCGAACGAGAGUCUGGCCAACAGCGGGAAUCCCAGCGUGCUAUUGUGGAAGCCAAGCAAAGGGUUCUGGUUGAAAUCAUGACCGUUCUCAAGAACGCAGAAGCCGAGGCUGAGGUCCUGCAGAAUAGAGUGAUCGAAUUGGGCGAGGCUAAAGAAACCGAAGAGAAGAACCAACGCGACCUCACUAUUUUACGGCGUCUCAUCCGUUUGGGUCCUAAGCUCGUCGAUCUUGUCGAUGAACUUUUGGGUGACAGGGACAUUGAUGAAUGGUCAAAGGAAAUUGUCCAUGAUAUGGCACAGUUCGAGGAAUAA